AACGGGAGAAAAGUGCUGAAGAGAGAAAUGGUGGAAAGGCGGAUGUGAAAAUUUCCAGUGUUGAGAAAAACAGAGACUGAAGACCCAUAUUUACACGGUUUUUUUUCUCCUCUUGGCCACUGCUGAGGAGCUUUUCUCGGGCGGAGAAAGCUCGACUUUCGGUGUGACUCUGUGAACUGUGGGCCAAUUUCCAUUUCCGCUCAUCGAAGCUCUGGCUUUUGAGGGCUCUUCUCGGUUUUCGUGCACUGCAUUGGGAUGGAAAAGCCGUGAAAUGCUAUGUGAGUCUCUCCGUGGGAGAAUCGUGAUUAGCUGAGUGAAUUUUGCGGUGUGUUCGUGCGUGUUUGGGGCGAAAGUGCGUGAGUGGAGUGCUUUGGGCGGAGAGGCCUGUGUCGUCAGAGGCUCGAGAGUUGGGCCGUGGAAAAUCGAUGAGAAAAUGAAAGCACCACAAAUAUUACCCUGAUUAUGGCUGCAAAGCUCUAAAGCGCCCAUAUGGCCAGCUACUUGUGAAAAUUGCGUCGUCGUUGUCCUAUUUCCGGUGUGCCGAGAAGAGCUUAAUUCUGUGUCAGUGUACAUAGGCCGAGGAGGAAGUUUGGCAGAAAAAAGCACAUAGGCGAGAGAGUGUCAAAGUGGGGCAGAAUUGUGUCCAAGUACAUAGGAGGUGAGGCAGAAUUAAGCCAAGGUGAGGUUUUUCAGCCUCCGCCUCAUCCAUCCUCGCCUCUCAGUGUGACCCAUGAAUAGGAGAGGCGAGAAUUAUUAAUUAUUAUGUGGAAUAUCUCGGUGUCAGUUGCGCCGGAGUCAAAAAAGCUCUGUGGGCGCUGCCGUGGAGGUGCCUGGUGGAGCGUUCUCGUGGAAUAUCGAUGAUCCUGUGAAGAGUGUGAUGCCUCACGACGCUUCCCUGUGCUGAGGCGCAAAGAGACAUUCGGCCCUAGGUUAAGCGACGAAGAGAGUUUCAGUUGAGAUCCGCGUAGAGGCAAGAAUAGAGGCGGUUAGGCAACCUAGCGCAUAAGUCCUUAGUCAUUUGUAGUGUAAUCUUGUAAAAGUAUCCAAUUGUAUGUAAUCUCCCUGAAGUGCUACAAUCUGAGAGUUUAGAGAUAGUGAUCACAGCUAAAGUCAAGUUCAUAGAGUUACGUGCAUGAGAAGAAGGAAAAAAGGUCAGUCACAGUGAGAGGGUGAAUAUGGCAUUCGCCCUUGGAGUGGAUUUAUGAGCCACAAUGGAUUCUAUGGAUCCCACCAGCAUCACCGCCAAAAGCUACUGUCAUGGACCGCCGACGCCACAGCCGUCCGGCGGGGAGAUGGUGGUGGCCAAGACGAAGACGCAACAGCAGCAGCAGCCGAUCAACUCAGGAAACUACAUCAACGUGGUGCAGACGCACAACCGCAAGUACUCUCCGCAGGUCACAUCCGAAUAUCAAUCCAGGAUCUUCUUCGGGGAGUACAUGAGGGAGCGAUGUCGCGACGAAUUCUACGCAAUACCAACAACGCCUGUGCCAGCGUCAACGGAACUGGAUCACACGUCCGUUGUGUCGCCCACGCCACCCUCCCAGGCUCCGCAGCAGCAGGCGGCACCGCAGAAUGUGCCCUCUGUGCUGUACACGGUCCAGAGGGUGGUCACCACCACGUCGCAAAUUCAACAAGCAGCAGGAGCGAAUUAUGCAGUUAACUCGACUAUGUCGAAUGCAUCCAACUUGCCACGAAGUGAUGUCGAUUGCGGAAUGCAGAAUUCUCCAGGGCCAAGUACAAGUACAAAUUAUCAGUCUCAAGCCGCCAAUAAUAGUUCAGAAAUGCAACAAUCAGCGUGUUUAGCGAAUAACUAUGGGAGUGCAGGCACAGCAUCGAUGAACUACACAUCAACAGGUGUAUCGUCAUCAGCAUCAAUUCCCAGACCUCUGCAGCACGUUAUACCGACCUGUGUAUAUUUGAUGUCCCGCAUUGCUGUCCACAUGGAGAUUGAGGGAACGGCUCAGUGUCCAUCGCAAGUGAUGCUGGCAGCGGCGCUUGGCUGUGAAGAGUUGGGCAUUGCCAACAAAUUGCUGGCGCAGAGCAUUUUCGGACUAUGGAUGACGAGCUCACUUCUAGAAAUCCAAUUGAAACCCCAUCAUCGUCCGUAUGCCGUGAGGGUAGCGUGGUCCAAGUUGCUGGAAAGACAUAGUCAUGGGAAUGAAAUUGAACGCAAAUACGAUGAGCCAAUGAUCACCCUGAGGAGGAAUGUGUUUUUCUCGAAAAAGGACGAGGAGAAAAUUAAAGAUCCCAGGAUUCUCGAGCUGCUGUACGAGGAGGCGAGACACAACGUGCUGAUGGGGCGCUACAUUAUGGAGCCGGCUCACUCCAUCAUGCUGGGCGGGAUCCAGGCACGAGUGGAACUGGGUCCCUACAAUUCUCACACUCACACAAUCGGAUAUUUUAGAGAAAAUCAAUCACGCUUUCUGCCACCACACGUUGCAAAGAGUUCGAGUUGGUCGUGGCUUCCGGUCAGUAGAAAAACAUCCGCCGAAGUUAGACUUUUGGAGCAAUUUAAACGUGUACCAACAACCGCCACAACUAGAAAAUUAAUGAGGAAGUAUCUAGAGUUCUGCUGGGCACUUCCAUUCUAUGGUGCUGCCUUUUUCCACGGCCAAGUGGAACAACCAGUUCGAGGUCUUAUGAGUUUAGUUCAUCACAAAGAUAUCUCCGUAUUGAUAGCAAUUAACGAGAAAGGUGUUUUUGUCAUCGAUCACGUUGAAAGCACUUUGAUACUGGGACUGAGAUACGAAGAAUUGUCAUGGGACUUUGCGAAGCCGAGUUCUGCUGAUGAUCCAGAGUGCAUGCCUUGCAUUUUUAUUCAGUUUGAAGCUGUGGAAAAUGGUAUUCCUGUGACAAAGCUGAUGCAAAUUUUCUCGAAACAAGCCGGUAUGAUGGAUGCCUUAAUUGCUCAUUUUGCUGAACAAAUGAGACGCCGAAGAGAUGGUGGUGAUGGACAACCACCCGAUAAUGGUGUUCACGAUGAACCAAAUCCAAUUCAGAAUAGCGGCAAUGGAGUACUUAGCAACAAAUUAUCUCGAUUAACGCUCGCCACUUUUGACGACGAAGGGCGCUGCAUUGGACAAAUGGGAUCCCUAUCUAUAAGCUACUAACAUUUAACAUGGAUUACAUGAUAUUCCAAAGUAUAUAUAUAUGAAGAAAUCUUUACUAAUUACUAAAUAAAUUACAUAAAGAUGGAGAGGAAAAUAUAUACUUGAAAAAGGAAUGAAGGACACAAUUAAAGACAGACACAUUGAUAGGUUUAAAAGAGAUUUCGAAUGUGAAAUUUAUUAGGAGUGGAAUUAAAGACACGAUGCGACCCUUCAAACUAAAUUAUUAUUCAUUACCUAUUGGAUGAGCGGAAAUACAUGAGAAAAAUGGGAGUUAUUACAUAAACUUACAAAAAUUUGUAAAUAAUCUAUAAUCAACCUUAAAUAUACAAUAAAUUAUCAAAUGUUUUGUUUUAGUCGACUUGAUAAUAAAAUUGUAAUUGAUUAAUAAAACGUGUGAAGACGUACAUUAAUAAAUAUAUUUAAUGAAUCGUGAAGUAAAUAAUUUUUGGAGAAAAGAAAAUAACUGAAAGUGUGUAAAAAGUCAAAUCCCUAAGAAUCACAUAAAAUCCCUGAAUACAAAAAAAAAAUAGAUAUGAGAAUAAAUACACUUUUAUACCAUUUGAUCAUGAGUCUCUAACCAAAAAAAAAUUGAAGGAUAAAUAAAAAUUAUAGUUUCAUGUAUGAAAAGAAAACAACUGUGUAAUAAGGAUAUUAAACAUAUAUCAAGUAAUGUAUAAAAUGCAAUUUCAAGAGAUAUACAUGGUGAAUAUUUGAUUAACAUGCAAUACCGAUUUACCGGAUAUUUAAUUGAACUUUUACUUGAUUUGUGAAACAAUUUAAAAUAUAGUACAGCGGAGAAAUCAAAUUUCAUUGCCCAAAACCCAUUUAACCCUACUUAAAUUAGGUCAGGAAUUAUUGGUAAUGUAUAUUGUUAUAUAAAUUGAAAAAUUUGUAAUUCCAUAAACGUAAUUUAUAAAAAAAAAAAUGCAAGAACCAAUUUAAAUUUCAUUCUUUUGCAAAUGGUUUUAAUUAUUGAUUAUCAGAAUUUGUUAUGUAAUAAUUUUUGGCAAAAACAAAUUGAAUGUUGUUGAUAUAAUUAAAAAUUUGUAAUUAAACGCAAAGAUGAAAUAAGCAACAAGAUUUGUAUACUUAGAAGAGGGUAUUGAAUUAUGAUAAUUAUUUUCGACUACAAAAGCAGAAAUAUGCUUGAAAUGAAGGAUUUCAUGAAACGAAAACGAGCAUCAAGAUAAUAAUCAAUGUCUUCUAAACUUAUCUUUAAAUUAUUGAGUGGGGGCGUAUUACUAAAAGAAAAAAAAGAGUGUUCACCAUUUUAUCAAGCAAGCAUUUCUGUGAGAAGAAUUCAGAUAGAAAAACCCAACAAUUGCAGCAACAUGUCGAACGUGUAGCUCAAUCAACCCCAUUUCCAGUGACACCAAAUCACACUCUCAACACAAUCACACUUUUUGCAUUUCAACAACCAUAGUGAAAAUUAUUUACUAAAAAAAAAGUGAAAUGAGUUUAGCAAGUAAUAUUAUAGGUGAACUACAAAAUUCGUAAAACAUGGGUAAUUUUGAUGUAUUGAACAAGAAAGUGGUAAGAAUAAAUUCAAGAAACACAAAAAGUAAAGUAAUGAUAUAUAAAUUACUGCAUUGUAUCAUUUCCGAUGAUUAAUACACUUAUGGAUAAAAAAAAACUUAUACAUAAUGAAGGAGAAGAAAAACUAAUGCAUAUACAAUAUUAUGUAAUUGAGAAAUCAAGAUAUUUUAAAAAGACAAAAUAAAUUUU